AAUCUCUCCCAUUUGAAUCAUCAUUUUGUUUCUGAAAAACAAAAACAAAAAAAAUCUUUUUUCUGCAUUUACUUGAGAACAAUGUGUAGUAACAACAACACAAGUAGUGGAAGCUAUGGAGACUUACAGUUACAUGAUGAGUACUCUGGUUCUUGUCGGAAGAAACAGAAGAAAGACAAAGUACGACGAAGAGGACCUGGUGUUGCUGAACUCGAGAAGAUCCGUCUUCAACAAGAGUACAAAUCUCCACUUUCUUCUUCUUCUCCUUCAUUACCAAACAUCGAUCAUCAUCACACUCUCUUUACUCCGGCUAGUAGCGGCUAUGAUUUAGUGAUGAUUCCACCAAACUUUUCUUUCCCGGAGAAACUUCCGUCGACGUUACCGGUUUUCCCGCUUUCGUACGGAUCUUUGAUUCCUCCGGCGCCGGUUUUUCAGAGGAACCAACAUUCUCUAAUGAUGGUCACUGCGAAGAAGAGGCCAUGGCAUUUUCUCACAGACACCACGAAACCUAGCGUUGGACCAACCACAACUACAACAAUCAUAAGGGAUGCUAUACAAAACCGGUCAAUGGAUGUAAGUCCGGUUCAAGAGACCGGUACAACAAUUAACAAUCCCAUCGCCAUUGAUUCACCUACGUCCAUUCCACGUCAUUACCCGAGGUUUAUCCCGCUUGGCUUACAGUAUGAACAACAACAACAACAACAAAAAGACUUGGCUGAGAAUAUGCAAUGGAGAAGUAAAAAGCCGUUCUAUAGCUUCAUACCCUCUGGUGAUCCCAGCAAUGAUGACCGAGAACAACGACCAUGUGACCGAUAUGAAUCAGCUGCUCCUGAGCAUGGAAUUGAUCUCAGCCUUAAGUUAUAGAGAUUUUAGAAUCUGUCUUAUCUAGCUUUUGAUAUAUCAAUUAACUUUCCCGCAACUCGAUUAUUUUGUGAUUCAUCGACGAAUCAAGACUUAUUUCUUAAUCAGAAGGUUUGUUUUUAACUCUGAAAAAUCUUGGUAAAACCAUUCACUUGACUUUCUAAUGAAAACUACUAUUGUUG